CGUCAGUUAGCGGUUUCCUGUUUCUCAGUCGUCCAAUCAGAUUUCUCCAAAUUGUCUCGCGGUUCUAGUUCAAAACACUGAGCCGUUGAAUAGUCCUCCUGCAGCAACGGCAGACCUGCGACUGUCUGGAAAAGAGACAAAGCAGCUGUGAAUCUGUUUUUCAUUUCCACAAUGGCAGAAGGAGGAGAUGUGGAAUGGGAGCUAAGCAAAGAAAACAUCCAGCCACUGCGACGAGGCAGAGCCAUAUCUGCGUUACAUCAAGCACUCAGUCAACAGGACGGACCCACGUCUGCAAUCAACCAACAGAGACAGGUCUUUGAGUCUGAGCUGCGCAUGUAUGACGGAGAUGAUCCGCUUGGUGUUUGGGAUCGGUAUAUUAAGUGGACAGAGCAAACCUUCCCUCAGGGAGGAAAGGAGAGCAACCUUGCCACAUUGUUGGAACGAGUUGUGACCAGAUUCACAGAAGAGAAAAGUUACCACAAUGACCCUCGCUAUGUUGAGCUCUGGAUCAAAUUUGCAGAACACUGCCCGGAGCCCUUGGACAUUUACAGGUACAUGCAAGCCCAGGGAAUAGGAGUGACACAGGCAUCCUUGUACAUCGCUUGGUCUGAGGAGUAUGAGAAUCAGGGCAACUAUCGCAAAGCAGAUAUGGUCUAUCAAGAGGGAUUCAAGAAAUAUGCUGAGCCUCAGGAUAAGCUGCUCCAGUUUCACAAGGCUCUGCAGGCACGCGUGUCCCGACAUGUGAUGAUGAACGUGGAAGAAGACAAUAGUGAUGAUGAGCUUAAACAACCUGAGAGAGUUUCUCUAGCUGACCUCAAGCAUCGAGGGAAGAAAAAGGCCAUCGCCCCCGUCAACAGAACCGGUCCAGCAAUCAGAAAUAUUUCUGGAGGCCUGCAGUCACAGGGCGCUCCUGUCCUGGGCAAUGCUUCAAACAGUCGGUUGGUGAUCUUUGAUGAAAACAAAACUGAAAGCGCCAGUUCAUCAGAGUCAAAGUUGGAAUCUUGGGUCGCUCCUCCCACAUCUAGGGCAAAGGAGAAUGAGCAGAGGCCUGAAAGAUGGUGCGAUGUCAAGAUGCCUCAGAAGUCAAAAUUUGGACAUACUAUUAUGGCUCCACCUCCUCCUAAACCCACUUUCCAACCAUUUGUUGAGGAGUCAGACCAGCCUCCAACGAUGACUCCAUGUAAGAUCAAUCCGGCAGUGAACACAGUUUUAUCAGCGCGUAAGCCGAGCAGAGAGGAAACUCCUCUCAAGAGACUCCAGGACCAUCAUCAGCAACAGAAGGAGGCAGAAUCGGGAAAACUGCAGGAGCAGGGCAUGUACUGUAAAGAGCUGCUGCUCAGUGGCGCCACUGAAUUCUGCUUUGAAGAACUACGUGCUGAACGCUUCUUCAAAAAGAUGUCACAGCAGCCUCCAGAAGUCAGAAAUCAAGAGGAUGAAGCUACUGCCAGUGCUGCAGCAGAAGACUGAGUUUGUUCCUUUAAUGAUUUUUUUUUUUACAUUUGUUUUGACAAGAUUUUAUGGCAAGUAUCAUGUAAAGACUUUAUAUGUUUGUUGUCAGGAUGUAAAUAUUGUCAUGGCGCAUGAGUUACUGAGAAGAGUAAAAAGACAAAGGAGUGAAGCUUUUUGGAAAUCUUUUGAACUAAAGACACUAUUUUUAAAUGUUUUGGACUCAAUAAACAUACUUUGGAGCAAAUAUUGGGAUGCAUAAUAAACACAAUUUGGAAUAAACAUCUACACCACCUCAUAUAAACAGAAAAGACUUAGAGUAGCAGUUUUAGGGCUGCUUGAUAUUAUAGAUAUUUAUAUAUUCAUGUAUGUUCAUACUAAACCACUACUCAAGUCACUAACAUUUGUUCAUAAUUUCCAUUAUAGUCCAUUUGUCUAUCUUCUCAGUUGCAUUGUCCUUAAGAACAGUGUGCUCCCUUCUUUAACUUUUUGUGUUCAUUAUUUGAUCAGCAGUUUUUUUUUCUAUACAAUUCCAACACAGUCAAAAAAGGGUUUCAGUGAGGAUUUAUGUCUCAGUCUGUUAAAAAAAAACCUCUUCUUGUGCAUGUGUCAUUGAUGUUCUAUAAACCUGUUAAAACAU